GUGUGUGUGUGUGUGUGUGUGUGUGUGUGUGUGUGUGUCUCAGUGAGUGUGUGUGUGUAUGUUGAUGUCGACCGACUGAGACCGACGGUAACACGAACGGGAGUUGACGAAAAGAACCGCUCCGGUUGAACCUCGACCCGCUCGCGUCCUUUCCUCCGGACCCGUGACCCGUCCCGUCCCGACCCGUCCCGACGCGACCCGACCGGGCCGGUCCGACACGAUGAGCCAGCCUCGGCCGGACGAGUUCCAGCCUCCUCCCGAGUGCCCGGUGUUCGAGCCCAGCUGGGAGGAAUUUGAAGACCCGUUCGCUUUCAUUAAUAAAAUCCGUCCCAUCGCAGAGAAAACCGGCAUCUGCAAAGUGCGACCGCCUCCGGGGUGGCAGCCGCCGUUCGCUUGUGAUGUGGACAGACUUCACUUUGUUCCCCGGAUCCAGAGGCUCAACGAGCUGGAGGCGCAGACCAGAGUUAAGCUCAACUUCUUGGACCAGAUUGCCAAAUUUUGGGAUCUGCAGGGAUGUGCCCUGAAGAUCCCUCACGUGGAGCGGAAGAUCCUGGACCUUUAUAAGCUAAAUAAGCUGGUAGCGGACGAGGGGGGAUUCGACCUUGUGUGCCAGGACCGGCGCUGGACCAAGAUCGCGGUCCAGAUGGGCUUCGCCCCGGGGAAGGCAAUCGGCUCUCACCUGCGAGGACAUUACGAGAGAAUCCUCUAUCCAUACAAUCUGUUUCAGAGCGGAGCAAACCUGCUGGCACCAGACACAGUUUCCAAACUGAUGCGUUUGGACUCUGAUGGUGAACGUGACGAGUGUGUUCAGAAACCGGUCCAGUCGGUGCAGAGCCCGAACACUAAGGCCCAGAGGCCGCCGGCCCCGACGCCCGUCACCUGCCCAGCCGCUCGCAGAGCGAAGCGCAUGAAGUGUGAGGACGUCUGUGUGAAGACGGAACCGAGUGAGCUCGGCGAGAACCGGCCCAACCUGAGGCGCAGGAUGGGUUCUUUUGUUGCCAAGUCAGAACCAGAGAAGGAGAUUCUGAUCCCGGUGAAACAGGAACCAGUUGAAAUUAAAGAACCAGUAAUUGAAGCUGACAAAUUCAAGUCCCGGUACAAGAAGUUCCUUCCUCCAGUUCCUCCCAGUCCAGUGGACCUGGUCGUGUGUCUGGUCUGUGGCAGUGGUGGAGAUGAAGAGCGUCUGUUGCUGUGCGACGGCUGUGACGACAGUUAUCACACGUUCUGCCUGAUUCCUCCGCUGAGCGACGUCCCCCGAGGAGACUGGCGAUGUCCCAGGUGUCUGGCUCAGGAAUGUAACAAACCUCACGAGGCGUUUGGGUUCGAACAGGCGUACAGAGAUUACUCCCUGCGGGCGUUCGGGCAGAUGGCCGACGCCUUCAAGUCUGAUUACUUCAACAUGCCGGUUCAUAUGGUGCCGACGGAGCUGGUGGAGAAAGAGUUCUGGCGUUUGGUUGGAGCAAUCGACGAGGACGUGACUGUGGAGUACGGAGCAGACAUCGCCUCAAAGGAGUUCGGGAGUGGAUUCCCGAUUCCCAAUGGAAGGUUGAAGGUCACAGCAGCGGAUGAGAAAUACCUGAGUUGUGGCUGGAACCUCAACAACCUGGCGAUGAUGAACCCGUCCAUCCUGACUCACGUCACCGCCGACAUCUGUGGGAUGACGCUACCGUGGCUCUACGUGGGCAUGUGCUUCUCGUCCUUUUGCUGGCACAUCGAGGAUCACUGGAGCUACUCCAUUAACUACCUGCACUGGGGGGAACCUAAGACCUGGUACGGAGCUCCUGGUUUUGCCGCGGAGCAGCUGGAGGAAGUGAUGAAGAAACUGGCCCCGGAGCUGUUUGAGUCUCAGCCCGACCUUCUGCACCAGCUGGUCACCAUCAUGAACCCCAACACCCUGAUGGCCUACGGAGUCCCAAUCUACAGAACCAACCAGUGCGCCGGUGAGUUCGUGGUCACGUUUCCUCGAGCGUAUCACAGCGGCUUCAAUCAGGGCUUCAACUUCGCUGAGGCGGUGAACUUCUGCACCGUGGACUGGAUGCCUCUGGGCAGACAGUGUGUCGACCACUAUCGCAUGCUGCACCGCUACAACGUCUUCUCCCACGAUGAGAUGGUUUGUAACAUGGCAUCGAAGGCCGGAACUCUGGACGUGGUCCUGGCGUCCGCCGUCCACAAGGACAUGGUCGCCAUGAUCCGGGAGGAGCAAGACCUGAGGGACAAGACCACGAAGAUGGGGGUGAGACACGUGAAGGAGGCAAAGUACGACCACCUGCAGGACGACGAGCGUCAGUGCGCCAAGUGCAGGACGACCUGCUACCUGUCGGCAAUCACCUGUCGCUGCAGCCCGGGAGUCCUGGUCUGUCUGCACCACAUCGACGACCUCUGCUCCUGCCACAUGGACGACUACACACUGAAUUACAGAUACACACUGGACGAGCUGUUGCCAAUGAUGAGCGCCGUGCGGUGGCGAGCGGAGCUGUACGAUGACUGGGCCGCCCGAGUGGCCGAGACGCUGGAGGCCAAACUGGAGAAGAAGAAAGGUUUGCCGGUCUUUCGCUCACUUCUCUCUGAAUCUGAGGAGAAGUUGUUCCCAGAGAACGACCUCCUGCGGCGCCUUCGCCUCGUCACACAAGACGCAGAGAAAUGUUCGUCGGUGGCGCAGCAGCUGCUGAACGGCAAGAGGCAGACGAGGUAUCGGUGUGGUGGAGUAAAGUCCCGGAGCCAGUUGACGGUGGAGGAGCUGAGCUCGUUCGUCAGGCAGCUGUACAACCUCUCCUGCAGCCUCCCGCAGGCGCCUAUGUUGAAGGAACUCUUGAACCGCAUCGAAGACUUCCAGCAGCACAGCGAGAAGGUCCUGACAGACGAGGUUCCCGGCGUCAUGGAGAUCCAGAGUCUGUUGGACGUGAGCUUCGACUUUGACGUGGAGCUGCCCGAGCUUCCUCGUCUGAGGGCGAGGCUGGAGCAGGCUCGCUGGCUGGAGGCUGUGCAGCAGGCUGGCGGCCGGCCCGCCGCCCUGACUCUGGAGACCAUGAGGAGGCUCAUCGACCAGGGUGUCGGCCUGCCGCCUCACCCGUCCGUGGAGAAAGCCAUGGCUCGUCUUCAGGAGCUGCUCACCGUGUCCGAGCACUGGGAGGAUGAGGCGAGCGGCCUCCUCGCGUCAAGACCUCCACACUCCAUAGAGACACUCAGUGCUGCAGCUGAGAGGUUGUCUGGCGUCGUCGCCCACCUCCCGACCUGCCUGCUCCUGAGCGACGCCGUCAGAGCGGCCCGGUCGUGGCUGCAGGAGGCGGAGCAGCUGCAGGCCAGUGGUUGUGUGCCGCGUGUGAACAGCCUCUCGGACCUGGUGUUGCGAGGACGAGCUGUCCAGGUCCACCUAGAGCCUCUGGACCGGCUGGAGGCUCUGAUGGUGGACGUGCAGACGUGGAAAGAAUCUGCCGCCGCAGCUUUUCUUCAGAAAGACUCGGCUCUGACUUUACUGGAGGUUCUGUCUCCACGAUGUGAAGUUGGAAGUGAUCGUUCUCCAAAGAGGAAAUCCAAGAAAGGAAAAGAAUUCCCUAAAAGUAACAAGAAGAAAACUCCAGGCCUCAACACGCUGACUGAUGUUGAACGAGCUCUUUCAGAGUCCAGGGAUUCAGCCUCUGCAAUGGAAACUCUGGUGGAGCUGCGGCUCAGGGAGUUGGAGUCUUUCUCUAAUCUCAGGGCAGCGAAUGAGUCGAAGCUCCUCCCCACGGCCGACUGCAUGGACCUGAAGGUGUGUGUGUGUCAGAAGCCGCCCAUGGGCGCGAUGUUGCAGUGUGAACUCUGCAGAGACGCAUUCCACAGCUUGUGUGUCAGAGACACGUCAGACUCCUGCAACUCGCAGCCGUGGCUCUGUCCGCACUGUCGGCGCUCGGAAAAACCGCCGCUGACCAAAGUCCUGUCGCUGCACUCGGCCCUGCGGCGCCUCGGAGCGCGGCUGCCGGAGGGCGACGCCCUGAACCACGUGGUCCAGACGACGAUCGACUGGCAGCACCGAGCGCAGCAGAUAUCAAAGACGUGUCACCUGCCAGAGCUGGAGGAGAGAGCGGAGACUCCUCCCACCCUGAGCCACUGGGUGUCGGGCGGCCAUGACGCUCAGGACAACACUCAGGCGCCGUCCUUGACUCCAGAGUGGAACCGGACGGGUCCGGCUCAGACGGUGUUCUACACGGAACAGAGAUGCAUCCCGCUGCAGGGCUUGAGUGGGGAGCUGGAGGAGCUGAUGGUGGAGGGGCUCCUGCUGCAGGUUUCUCUGCCAGAGGUCCAGAGUCUGUACCACACUCUACUGGACCGAGCCUCCGACCCGCCGACAGACGGACGCAUGUCGUCGCCGCAGGACGAGUCCACAGACAAACACGUGCAGUUUAACUCUCAGGGAAACAAUCUGCCACAGAACCAGAACUGCGUCGACGCAUCGAGGGAAAUUAUGACGAGUUCGGAGAAGAAGGCGAAGCGGCAUCUGGAGAAGGAAGAGUUGGACGCAGAGCGACGGCUGAAGGAGAAGAAACUUUCUCACAAGAGACAAAAGAUGAAUAAGAAGAAGCUGCAGCGACGCCCGACCUCCACCUCCCCGCGCUCCGACUUCUCCCAGUCGGACGAUUCAGAUGAGGAAAUGGCCGUUUGUCCGGCAGAGCGGUGUCAGCUGCCAGAGGGCGAAGAGGUGGACUGGGUCCAGUGUGAUGGCAGCUGUAACCAGUGGUUCCACCAGGUCUGCGUCGGCAUGACAACCGAGAUGGCAGAGAAGGAUGACUACAUCUGUGUCACAUGUUCGCUGAGGGAGGACAGGAAAUGAGAGGGAGGGAGAGAGAGAGAGAGAGAGAGAAGAGGUUUGUCUGUGGUCAGCCAGUCACUGAUCCUGUCCCCUCAUCGUCCCGUCUGUCCCACCCUUUUGUAACAACGGUGCUAUCUCUAUCUUUAUCUUUAUCAUUCUAUCUUUAUCUCUCUCUCUAUCUUUAUCUUUAUCUCUCUAUCUUUAUCUCUCUCUCUAUCUUUAUAUUUAUCUUUAUCUCUCUAUCUUUAUCUCUCUCUCUAUCUUUAUUUUUUAUCUAUCUCUAUCUUUAUAUGUAUCUUGUUCUCCUCUUUGACUUUUGUCCAGAACUUAAAAUGUUUAGUUACUUUUUGUUACAUAUAUAUUAUAAAUAUUUCUUUCUUCUUAUGAAUUGUUUGUGGUUGUCAAAAUGGAAAAAAACAAACAAAAAAAAACACCUGAGUGUUGUGUGCUGCGUCUCCUGCAUGUGGAACCAGAACUAAAAUAUUACUACAACUUCUUUUUCUUUUCAAACCAGUGUUUAGUUUAUGCAUCUUACUAUAAUUAUUCCCUUUUUUUGUUUUUGUAGAGUAGAUUUAUUUAUCUGAGCAAUAAUUUGUUUGUCUGAGUGGACUUGGCUUGUUCCCCACCUAGUUGUGUCAACCCGACUUACAGGAAGUGACACGACGUACAGGAAGUGACACGGGACGGUUCGCCGCUGUGGCGUCGCCACGAACCAACGUCCACAGUGAUGUGAUCUGUUACGACUCUGACUCGAUGUUACAAGUUUAUAUUGUGGAAUAAACCUUUUGUUUUAGAAA